AUGAAGUAUCUCGCACUCUCGAUGGUCUCUGCACUCGCGCUUGCCAGUCUGGGCAGUGGCGUAGCAGCACGACCUUUGCCUCAAGCCCAACGACCCAACGCUGAGCAAACGCCUUCUGCUGGAAACCAGUCGUCGCAGGACGGUACUGCGGGUGGCUACGGAGGCAGUGCGAGCGCAACGCAGAACAACGACUACUCGCAAGUCGCGCCUGGGAACUCGGUGGUCAACGGCGGCGGACAGAGUGCUUCGCUGCAAGGACUGGCGGGCAGCGUGAUGCAAGGCUCCGGCGUUGCCUCUCUUUUUCAACGUCGCCAGCAGGGCCAGCAGCAGCAGGCGAGCGCUGGAGGCUAUGCUGGUUCUUCGACUGCGGUCCAGGACACGGACGAUUCCAACGUCGCACCCGGCAACAGCGUCCAGUUGGGCGGGUCCCAGUCGAGCUCCAACCAAGGCUUUGCGGGCAGCGUUGACCAGCUUUCUAGCUUCAUCGCGCGCGCUGUCGACAGUGAAAACAGCAACAGCAACGACGCCACCUACCUGGCCAACACCAAGUACGGCUCCCCUUCCAGCCUCGACCAGCAACACCCUACUGCUUGCGCCCAGGGCAGCAGCGAGCACUGCGUUCCUCACUACUUGGGAAUCGGCCCCGAGGUGCGACCCGCUUACUAG